AUGUAUAAAUUGCUUCAUGUAGUUAGUAAUUUCGUGCCCAGACGCCGCUAUUCAGUCAAUAAAAAGCUCCAGAAAGUGCUCAGCCAGCUCAGCAGCAAAAUGCCACUCGAUCCAAAACACAUUGCCGAGGCACAGAAGCAGCGGUUAAAACUGAAACAGAAGGUAGCUAAAAUAUCACCUGGCAUCGUUAACCUUCAGGUGUUGGGCUGCGGAUCCGCGGGUACUCCUGCUUCGGUGUACCUCUUCACUGACCAGACCCGGUAUCUGUUCAACUGCGGCGAAGGUACGCAACGGCUGGCGUACGAGCACAAGACGAAGCUGUCUUGCUUGGAGAACAUUUUUAUGACCCGGACGAGCUGGGACCGAAUCGGUGGGCUACCGGGCAUAUGUUUGACGAUGCAGGACGUUGGCGUACCGGCGGUAUCGCUUCACGGGCCACCCGGCCUGGGUGAGCUUUUCAAGGCGAUGCGCCGGUUCGUUAUUCUUAAGGAUAUGAAGGUGGAGGCAUCCGAGUGGGCUACGGGCGACGUAUUUGAAGAUCACGUCAUGACCCUGCGCUACGUGGUGAUCAAGCGCGAGGUAACGGGAUCCCCGAAGGCCGGUAGUUCCGACGAGGACAAUAAACAGUACGAGGAACCGCUGGUGGACGAUACCGACUAUUACGCGUACGAGAGGAAAAAAGAACCAGCGACGGCCGAGACCAGCCAACGCUCACAGCACUUCAAUUGGAUCAAACGGCAAGAGGAGACGGUUAUGGCGUACAUCUGUAAGCUGAAGCCGCGCUCUGGCCAGCUGUCGCUUGAGAAGUGUGUUGAUUUUGGUGUUCCUCCGGGACCACUAUUGGGCCAGUUGAAGAAUGGAAACGACGUAACGCUACCCGAUGGACGGGUGGUGCGAUCGAGUGACGUGCGUGCUCCCGACGAUCCUGGACCCGUGUUCAUCUUUAUUGACAUUCCCAGCGAAGAGUAUCUGAGCGAUUUGCAACAGAAGGCCGAACUAUUCGCUCCUUAUCAACAGGGAGCUACGGACAGUUCCGAUCAGGCGUUGUACGUUAUUCACUUUAGUCCUUUGGAGGUUAUGCGUUGCGCGGAAUACAAAGAAUUUAUGGAUCGCUUUGCCGCCAGUACGCGGCAUAUUGCGCUAAACGAGGUUAACAGUUUUUCGGGAUACACUGCUGCUCACCGCAUUCAAUACCACUUAAAUCAAUUGGACGAUCAAAUGUUUCCUUUGUUGAAGGAAGCAAACAAUGACUACAGCAAACCACAUGGAAAUGAGUGUGAUCUGGUGCGAUCCUCUUCCCUCACCUAUCUGCACAUUCGACCCCCGAAGGGUAUUGAGAGAUCUCAAGAGGCUACACUGAGUCCAUCGGAAUAUUUAAGCGAGUUAGAGCAACUACCGGAUUUCAAAAGUGCCUUGAAUGACUGGAAACGACUGUUCGAACAGCACAACUGCCGUACGGGAACGGUACGAACCGAACAAUUUCCCCGAUUGAUAUUCCUUGGCACGGGAUCUUCUAUACCGAACAAAACGCGAAACGUUAGCGCAACGUUAAUACUGACAAAUCCACAUUCAUCCAUUUUGCUCGACUGUGGCGAAGGUACGGUCGGCCAGAUAGUUCGCUUCUUUGGAAAAGUGCAAGCAGAAGCUGUGUUGCGAUCACUUAAGGCGGUCUACAUUUCACAUCUUCACGCCGAUCAUCAUUUGGGACUGAUUGGGCUCUUGCAAACGCGUAGCAAACUGAAAAAUUGUGAGCGCUUGACGCUACUGGCGCCUGAACAAAUUUCGUACUGGCUUCGUCUUUAUGACUGUAGGUUUGAGAGCAUCAGCAAGGACUACAUGUUGAUCAAGAAUGCUGACAUGUUGGAAAACCCGUUAAAGGAUGAGCGGCUGUUAGACAUGGGCAUAAAGGAGGUCACCACUUGUCGCGUUAGGCACUGUCCGCACUCAUUCGGAGUGGCCCUAAAAACCGUGCCUAUUGGCUCAAACACUGAGGAAGACGUGAAGAUCACUUACAGUGGCGAUACUAUGCCUUGCGAAAGUCUCAUCGAGUUGGGUCGUAACUCCACAGUCUUGAUACACGAGGCCACGAUGGAGGACGAGCUGGUGGCAGAAGCGCGCAUCAAAAUGCACAGCACACUGUCACAAGCCAUCGAGCAGGGUCGAAAGAUGGGAGCUCGAUAUACGUUGCUGACCCAUUUCAGUCAACGUUACGCCAAGAUUCCGCGUCUUCAGCCGGAACAGCAAAGCGUGGGCCUAGGCACUGAUCUGGGUAUCGCUUUCGACAACAUGGAAGUAACACUGGACGAUCUACCGACGCUUAGUAAGCUCUAUCCGGCUCUGAAGGCCAUGUUUAUUAGCCACUUCGAGGAAAUGGAGCAAAAAGCCAUAAAACGGGGCAACAAACGAAUGCGUUUAGAGGCGGCCCAAAAUGGAAGUAAAAAGCUUUUGCCCACGUGA